AUGAGCAACAACCCUUUACAAACAAUUGAUAUUUCUGAAGUGGAAGGAGUGACAGCGACCAAAUUGUUAGAUGCUGCAAUGAAGCAAGGAUUCCUUUUCGUUGACGGGCAUGGUUUCACUCAAGAAGAAGUUGACAUGCUUUUUGAUUUAUCGAAGAGAUUCUUCACGACUACUGCACAUGACGAAAAGCUAAAAUAUUAUUUUGACGCUACCAACAAUUUUGGGUAUACUGAUUUUUCCAGUGAACAAUUGGAUUUAACAAAAGGAAGAGACUUCAAAGAAUGUUAUAAUUUCGGUGCUGUUAACUUUACCAAAGGCACGUAUAACACUCCCAACCCGGAAGCCAAGGUUAAGUAUACGGAACAGAAUGAGACUCCCGGAUGCUUGAAAGACGAAGAUGGUUUAAUUGUUACCGUUUUACAAAAAUACCAUAAGGUGGCUACCGAGAUCUUAAGAUUAGUUACAAUCGCCCUUGGGAUCGAGGAUAAAAAUUUCUUUACUGAGAAGAUGAGACCAGAUCAAAAGAACGGCUGCGUCAUGAGAUUUUUACGGUACCCUUUGGUUAGAGACGACGAUUUGACGGAAGAUCCGACAUUGGACCCAACGAUUAGAGCAGGUGCCCAUACUGAUUAUGGUGCAUUGGCGUUAUUAAUGCAAAAACAGGGACAGCAAGGUUUGGAAUUGCAAAUCGACAAAAACUCAAAGGAAUGGGUUAAAGUGCCAUUUGUAGCAUCCAAAUACGAAGGGAAAGCACCUCCAUUAGUUGUUAAUUUUGGAGAUAUGCUUUCGUACUGGACAAAUGGAGUUUUGAGGAGUACCAAUCAUAGAGUCAAGUUUUCCCCUGGUGAAACAAGAACUUCCGACCGUUACUCUAUAGUGUUUUUCGUUCAUCCUGACGCCAAUACUACGUUAGAUCCUGUGCCAAGUAAAAUUGUUGAAGACGCUUGGGACGGCAAAAAAACACCAACUCUAACUGCUUUUCAAUAUCUGCAAAAGAGGUUGCGCGAGACGUAUGACUGGCAAAAUAAUUGA